CUGGCUGAGCAGCGCGGCGGAAGCAGAGAGAGGAGGCGCCCGGUUCCCCUCGCAGACGCGUGGCCGCGGCGGUGUGCCGGUAGAGCAGACGCACUCGCACGCACACCCGGUGGGGAUGAGAAUGGCCCCGCAGAACGCCGACUCGGAAUCCGUGCAAGUCCAGGAGCUGCCACUGCCCCUGCCCGAGCUGCAGAAGCCGGCGGACGCCGAGCCGCACGAGGAGACCGGCAGCGAGGGCUCCAUCGACCGCAUCCCCGUGCGCCUGUGGGUCAUGCACGGGGCCGUGAUGUUCGGCAGGGAGUUCUGCUACGCCAUGGAGACGGCCCUGGUCACGCCCAUCCUGCUGCAGAUCGGCCUCCCGGAGCAGUACUACAGCCUCACCUGGUUCCUGAGCCCCAUCCUCGGCCUCAUCUUCACGCCCAUCAUCGGCUCCGCGAGCGACCGCUGCACCCUGAGCUGGGGCCGCCGCCGGCCUUUCAUCCUCGCCCUCUGCGUGGGUGUGCUCUUCGGCGUGGCGCUCUUCCUCAACGGCUCCGCCAUCGGUCUGCUCCUCGGCGAUGUCCCCAACCGGCAGCCCAUCGGCAUCGUCCUCACCGUGGUGGGCGUGGUGGUCCUGGAUUUCAGCGCCGACGCGACCGAGGGGCCCAUCCGCGCCUACCUGCUGGACGUGGUGGACAGCGAGGAGCAGGACAUGGCCCUCAACAUCCACGCCUUCUCUGCCGGCCUCGGCGGGGCCGUCGGCUACGUGCUGGGCGGGCUGGACUGGACGCACACCUUCCUGGGCGUCUGGUUCCGGACGCAGAACCAGGUGCUGUUCUUCUUCGCGGCCAUCAUCUUCACGGUGUCGGUGGCCCUGCACCUGUUCAGCAUCGAGGAGGAGCAGUACAGCCCCCAGCAGGAGCGCGGCGUGGAGGCCGCCGCCCAGCCGGGCCUCCGGGACGGUGGCGCCCUGCUCCCUGACGAGGUGCAGUCGGAGCACGAGCUGCAGCUGGACUGCCUGGACGCGGGCCUGGCGCGCAGCAAGAGCGACUCGGUGCUGCACGUGCCGGACGCCGCGCUGGACCUGGAGCCCGAGCUGCUCUUCCUGCACGGCAUCGAGCCGUCCAUCUUCCACGACGCCUCGGGGCCCGGCACCCCCUGCAGCGCCAGCCAGGACCUGGCUGUGGCCAGGCUGCCCCGCCUGCCCUCCCUGCUCAGGGACCCCGCCAGAGAGGACUCCACGCUGCUGGACAACCACGUGCGCGAAGCCCGCCUGCCCAACGGCAGCGGCAGCGGCUCGCUCCCGAAGGACGGCCCGCCCGGCGGCCCGCGGGUGGACCUGAAGCCCUCGGCCGCGUCCAACGCCGUGCGGCGGCGCAGGCACACAUUCCACCGGCAGGGCUCCUGCACCUUCUCCUACUACGGCAAGAUCAGCUCCCACCGCUACCGCUACCGGCGCGCCAACGCCGUGGUCCUGAUCAAGCCCUCGCGCAGCAUGAGCGACCUGUACGACCUGCAGCAGCGGCAGCGGCAGCGGAGCCGGCACCGCAACCGGAGCGGGGCCACCACCUGCAGCGGGGACACGGAGAGCGAGGAGGGCGAGGGGGAGACCACCGUGCGGCUGCUGUGGCUGUCCAUGCUGAAGAUGCCCCGCGCGCUGGCGCGGCUCUGCCUCUGCCACCUGCUCACCUGGUUCUCCGUCAUCGCCGAGGCCGUCUUCUACACCGACUUCAUGGGCCAGGUCAUCUUCGAGGGCGACCCCAAGGCUCCCUCCAACUCGACCGCCUGGCAGGCCUACAACGCCGGCGUGAAGAUGGGCUGCUGGGGCCUGGUCAUUUACGCGGCCACCGGCGCGAUCUGCUCGGCCCUGCUGCAGAAGUACCUGGACAACUACGACCUGAGCAUCCGGGUCAUCUACGUGCUGGGGACGCUGGGCUUCUCCGUGGGCACAGCCGUGAUGGCCAUGUUCCCCAACGUCUACGUCGCCAUGGCCAUGGUCAGCACCAUGGGCGUCGUGUCCAUGAGCAUCUCCUACUGCCCCUACGCCCUGCUCGGGCAGUACCACGAGAUCAGAGAGUACGUCCAGCACAGCCCCGGGAACUCCAGGCGCGGCUUCGGCAUCGACUGCGCCAUCCUCUCCUGCCAGGUCUACAUCUCCCAGAUCCUGGUGGCCUCGGCCCUCGGGGGCGUGGUUGACGCGGUGGGGACGGUGCGCGUCAUCCCCAUCGUGGCCUCCGUGGGCUCCUUCCUGGGCUUCCUGACGGCCACAUUCCUGGUCAUCUACCCCGAGGUGUCGGAGGAGGCCAAGGAAGAGCAGAGGGGCCUGUCCUCCCAGCCCGCGGGCGAGGGCGGCGGCGAGAAGCCCACCGUGCUCAGGCUGUCCCGCAAGGAGCGCCCGCAGGGCCCCCUGGAGACGGAGUCCGUGGUCUGAGCCGAGCCCCCGGGCGCGCACAUCCCGCCGGCGCGGGCCGGCCGGGGCUGCCCCUGCGGUGGCCACACCUGCCUGCCCCUUCCUUCCUGGACAGGCGGAGCCUAGGCGGUGGGGCGGGUCCACUCUAGCGGGCAGGAGCACCGCACCAACUCACUUUUUCCACAAUUAGAAAUCAUUUGAAAUUUUUUUUAAUUGAAAAAGACCUUUCUACUUUCAGCUGUAUCUUUUAUUCUGCAAGUAUAUUAUUCUGCAUGUUUUUUAAAUCAUAAACCAGAUUUACAGUCUAGACCAUAAGCAGUUUAGGAAGCGGUAAGGUUCUUCCUGAAGCAUCGUUGAACCCCAGACAUGUCUGAUAGCCUUGGCUGCGUCCUGUCUGCGUCCACUGCUUCAGGUGGUGGCCGGGCGGCCAGCGGCUGACACGUUCCCACCAGGUCUCAUCUCGGGACAUCUGUCGGAUUUUGCCACAUUUUGUUGGUGCUACAGCUUUGGGCGAGUCUUUUUCUUUAUGAUUAUUUUAG